UACAACGAGAUCUUUACCUUGUUGUUUUUUGAUAAAUUGUGAUACAUUUUCAUUAUAGAAAGAUUGCGAGAGAGAACAAUCAUCGGAAUUCAACAUGUCUGCCUCCCACUCUGAUACCACCUUAUUGUCUGUUCAUACUGAAGGAGAAAUGAGAAGACCUUCUCAACACUGGCUUUCUCAAACUACUGAAGUUGAAUUUCCAGACAAGUCUAUUCAUGUUUUCCCAUGCCCUGUAAAGUGUUUUGAUAUUGCUGUAUUGUUGAAGAAACAUAUGCAUAUUAAAACAGAUAUCUAUGCUUUGGAAAUUAAUAAUUUAAUUACUUCAUUGAAUGAAGUUAUUUCCUUUGCCCAAGUAAAGGUUGCUCCAGUUCUUAAAGAUAGUGUUGAAGGUCACGCUAUCCUCAGACGUAGUUUAGUCUUUUUAGUCGGAUUGGCAACUCACUUGGAAUUCCCAGAACUUUCUUUAUCUGUUGAACAUUCAUUGAGAAGUGGUUAUAUGAUUUGUGUUGAUGGAAAAGAUGAACUUACUAAUGAACAAGUUUCUAAAGUUCAACAUAGAAUGGAAUUAUUAGUAUCAAAGGAUUUACCAAUUUUGACACGUUAUGUAUCAUACGAAAUGGCCAUGGAUUUCUUCCAAAAUGUUGUCAAGAGGCCAUAUACUGCUUCACUUAUUUCUGCAAACAAUGAUCCUGCUGUUCCAAUUGAUUAUUGUGACGGAGUUGACCAACAAUAUUUCGAUUUGCAUCACAGAACUCUUGUUGCUAGGACAAGCUUUAUGAAGAGUACUUUUACUUUGGAAAAAUUCAAGCAAGGAUUCAAGCUUUCAUUCCCUAAUGAACCAUAUGAUUUCGGUCUUGAAUUCAAUGACGAAACACUUUCUAAUGUCUAUUCCGAAUAUAAUAACUGGGGUAGAAUUACAAAUACUAGAUGUGUUGGUGAUUUGAAUCAACACGUCAAUGAUAAUACUAUCAAAUGGUUCAUGGCUUUGAAUCAUGCUUUGCAUGACCAAAAGAUUGUUAAAAUUGCUUUGGAUAUUUUCUCUAGAAAGGAUAAGGUUAAACUUAUCUUGGCUGCUGGCCCAAGUUCAUCAGGUAAAACUACAUUUGCUAAGAAAUUGAGUAUUCAAUUGGAAAUUUUGGGUAUUAAGCCAGUUACUAUCUCAGUUGAUGACUAUUAUAAGCCAAACAAGGAAUGUCCACUUGAUGAAAACGGUAAUUAUGAUUUUGAAACCAUUGAUGCUUUGAGAAUUGACUUGUUGAAUGACCAUCUCGAAUCAUUGAUCAAGGGUGAAGAAGUCAUGUCACCAAUUUUCGAUUUUAGAAAGGGUGAACCAAAGGCUGUUGGUCGUAAAAUUAAAUGUUUACCUGGUCAAGUCUUAUUGAUGGAAGGUAUUCACUGUCUCAAUGAUAAAUUGACUCCAAAGAUUCCAUCUGAAAACAAGUUCAAGAUUUUCCUUGCUCCACUUACUCAAUUGAAUCUUGACGAAAUGAACUUUAUCAGUAAUAAUACUACUAGAUUGUUGAGAAGAAUGGUCAGAGAUUUCAACUUUAGAGGUCACUCUGUUACAUCAACACUUGAUAUGUGGCCUGCUGUUCGUAAGGCUGAACACAAGAAUGUUUUCCCAUUCAUGAAGAAUGCAGAUGUUGUUUUUAAUACUUCACUUGAUUACGAAUAUUCUGUACUCAAAGUUUAUGCCAAGCCUCUUUUGAGUGCUGUCAGUCCACAAAGUCCACAUUACAACUCUGCAAGAGAAUUGUUGGCAUUCUUACGUUAUUUCCAUGCCAUUCCAGCUGGAUCCAUUCCUUCUGAUUCAUUGCUUCGUGAAUUCAUUGGAGAUUCCUUCUUUGAUUAUGAAUAAAUUGUAAAUAAUUUAAAAUUCCUUCUCUUUCCACAAAAAUAUUCUGAGUAGUAAUUGAAUUUCCAAAAAGGCAGGAAUAAGGCAACAUCCCAAGAAAAUCCACCACAAAGUAAUUGGAUGCCAAGUGUAAAUAAUAAAAAAACAAAAUAAUAAUCCUCCUAAUAAAUUACAAAAAAUCUCAAUAACAGAAAUUAAAUCUUCAAAAAAUGUAAUACCAGUAAAUAAUGUAACUAAUUGUAAAACAACUACAAUUAGUGUUAAGGAGCAACAUGCUAUUAUUCUUAAUUUCCUUCAAUAAAAUUCC